GCGGGUCCUGAAAUCCCAGUCUCCUUUGGGGAACGUGUCCGCGGGCGCGUUCUGGCGCGUUGGGCCUGUCCAGACGAAGCCUCGAAGGGAUUGGUUGGGGCCUGCCCCGGGCUUCCCUCAGGCAGCGUUUGAGGCAGCCCCAACAGGGUCCUCCUGGGGCCUUUCUCCCUUUGAACUGUGGUGGCGGGCGGGCGCACUGCCUCCUGCACUCCUCAGAGCCGGGGCCGCCAUCACCAUGGCCACGGCUGCGAGUCGGCCUUGCGACGGCGGGUCGCGGGACAUCUUGUGGCGCGUUUUGGGCUGGAGGAUAGUUGCAAGUAUUGUCUGGUCAGUGCUGCUUCUACCCAUCUGUACCACAGUAUUUAUAAUCUUCAGCAGCAUUGAUUUAUUUCAUCCUAUUCAGUGGCUGUCUGAUUCUUUCAGUGAUCUGUAUAGUUCCUAUGUAAUCUUUUACCUCCUGCUGCUGUCAGUGGUAGAAGUAAUAAUAAGUAUUUUUAAUGUGGAGUUCUAUGCAGUUGUGCCUUCCAUUCCCUGCUCCAGACUGGCACUCAUAGGGAAGAUCAUUCACCCUCAGCAGCUCAUGCACUCAUUUGUUCAUGCUGCAAUGGGGAUGCUCGUGGCUUGGUGUGCUGCGGUGAUAACCAAGGGUCAAUACAGUUUUCUUGUGGUUCCCUGCACUGGUACUGAGAGUUUAAAUAGCCCUGCUGCACAGACCUGCUUAAAUGAGUGUCACCUUUUUUUUCUACUGGCUGGAGCAUUUAUGGGCUACAGCUAUAGUCUCCUCUAUUUUAUUAACAACAUGAACUAUCUACCAUUUCCCAUCAUCCAGCAAUACAAGUUCUUACGCUUCAGGAGAUCUCUGCUCUUGUUAGUUAAGCAUAGUUGUGUGGAAUCACUGUUUCUGAUUAGAAAUUUCUGCAUCGUGUAUUAUUUUCUUGGCCAUAUCCCCAAAGCUUGGAUUAGCACUGCAAUGGACCUUCAGAUAGAUGAGCAGUUUCACAGGCCUCUUGACACUGUGCGUGGCCUCUUGAAUCUCUCAUUACUCUACCAUGUCUGGCUGUGUGGUGUCUUUCUUCUGAUGACUUGGUAUAUCUCAUGGAUACUCUUCAAAAUCUUUGCCACAGAGGCUCAUCUGUUCCCUGUUCAGCCACCAUUUUCAGAAGAGUCAGAUGAAUGCCUCCCGAAGGUUUUGAACAGCAGUCCUCCCCUCAUCAUAAAGUAUUUGGCCUUGCAGGACCUGAUGUUGCUUUCUCAGUAUUCUCCUUCACGAAGACAGGAAGUUUUUAGCCUUAGCCAACCAGGUGGACAUCCCCACAAUUGGACAGCCAUUUCAAGGGAGUGUUUGAAUCUUUUAAAUGAUAUGACUCAGAAACUGGUUCUCUACCAAGAAGCCGCUGCUACGAAUGGGAGAAUGGUGUCCUCAUACUCUGUGGAACCCAAGAAAUCGAAUUCUCCAGAAGAAACUACUUUUCAGACCCCGAAAUCUAGCCAGAUACCUCGGUCUUCAGUGCCACCAUUAGUUAAGACAUCACUGUUUUCCUCCAAAUUAUCUACGCCUGAUGUUGGAAGUCCCCUCAGAAGCCCAUUUGGCUCUAGUGUAGUGAAUCGGAUGGCUGGAAUUUUUGAUGUAAAUACCUGCUAUGGGUCCUCUCAAAGUUCUCAGCUAAUAAGAAGAGGGCCAAGAUUGUGGACUUCUGCUUCUGAUCAGCAAAUGACUGAAUUUUCUAAUCCUUCUCCAUCUAACUCUGUUAGUGCUGAGGGUAAGACAGCAAGACAACCCAGUUUGAUUUAUUCAUGGAUUCAGAAUAAACGUGAACAGGUUAAGAAUUUCUUAUCAAAACGGGUGCUGAUAAUGUAUUUUUUCAGUAAGCACCCAGAGGCCUCUAUUCAGGCUGUUUUUUCAGAUGCCCAAAUGCAUAUUUGGGCAUUAGAAGGUCUGUCUCACUUAGUAGCAGCAUCAUUUACUGAAGAUAGAUUUGGAGUUGUCCAGACUACACUACCAGCUAUUCUUAAUACCUUGUUGACGCUGCAAGAGGCAGUCGACAAGUACUUCAAGCUUCCUCAUGCUUCCAGUAAACCACCUCGGAUUUCAGGAAGCCUUGUGGACACUUCUUAUAAAACAUUAAGAUUUGCAUUUAGAGCAUCACUAAAAACUGCCAUCUAUCGAAUAACUACUACAUUUGGUGAACAUUUGAAUGCUGUGCAAGCAUCUGCAGAACAUCAGAAAAGACUUCAACAGUUCUUGGAGUUCAAAGAAUAGCUCAGUAAUAUAAACUGUGUUCAUUACACUGCUGAUACAGCUACAGAUGGGACAGUAAAUGUUCAGCAUUCUUGGAUCAGAAGAAAAUGGACUAAUUAGAUGCUUCCUUUGUCGUGGUGGUUGCUUUGAAAACUAUACUUUAAUGGGAGAAAUCAUGGAAAGAAAUUCUCAACAGAAUAACUGAAAACUGCCUUUUCUGUACCUAUUGCUUUUUGUGUGUGUGGUAUAAUAAAAUCUUUAUUCAGUUUUACAGAAGCCUCUAUGGCGGUAAAAAUGUCUCUAGCUUCUAUAGCUUAAUAAUAAUAGCUGGAAAAUUUUUAGAAUUUACUUUUGAGCUGAGUAGAGCCAGUUCAGAAGGUAAAAUAGGUUGACUUGAUUCAGUCUUCCUAAUUGUGCUGAGAGUUUUAACUCUCUGUACACUCGAAAUCCAUAAGCCUUUUAAGAGUAGUUUCUUUUUACUGAAGGAUAAAAGUGGUAACAGUGCAGAAAAAUUCACAGAAAAAUUACUGUUUCAAGGACAUAUUUUGUUAAUCUGGUAGGUUGUGUUUUUCUUUCCAGGGACAAAUUAAAUUUGCAUGAUUGUCCAAAAAAGAUCUCAAUUUACAGAUGCUAACUCUGUGUAAAGGAAUGUGGAAAAAUUCAGUUCUUAAGUUACAAGAUUAAACAUUCACAUUUGGUUUUCGAAAGACGA